CAGUCCCUGCAGCGAACACAGGAUGGCGACACAUGGCUAAUCGGAGCCAUGUGGCUCCUGUGGUCUCCCCAGUGAAGUUUGUAGGAAGGAUUGCACUCAGUUGAAGGCAGAGAUAGAGAGGGGGAAAGUGUGCUGGGCUCCAGCGAGGAGGAAAGAGACAGCAACCAGGAGAAACGGAGACAACUUUCUUCCAGACUCUCAACAUUAUUUCAUCGAGAGGGUUGUGGUGCGCUUUGGAAGAUCAGCUGAAAACAGUGCACAAGUUAUCAAGGCACCGUAUUUUGAGUUUUUUUUUUGGAGGGGCUCGAAAUUAAAAUUUUGAGUGAAGUGGAUGUGAAAAGCGGGCGAAGGUUUUUUAACACAGAGCCGGAGGAAUGUAUCCAACUUGGGCAGCGGCGAGCCAGCGUCUCUGGAGAUGUCCAGGCUGCGCUCUCUGGAUCGCCCUGCUCCUCCAAAGUGUCCUGGACCUGAGCGCGUCUGGGUCUGAGUUUCCCCAAGACCCCAGUGUGAUAGCUACCACUUCAUGGAACACCUCUAGUGAUGGGCCCUUCUUCAUCCGUCUUGAAGCUCCCAUGAACAACAUCACCACCUCUCUGGGCCACACAGCCGAGCUUUUCUGCCGCGUGUCCGGUAACCCGCCGCCCACUGUGCGCUGGCUGAAGAACGACGCCCCAGUGGUGCAAGAGCCACGGAGGAUCUCGUACCGAUCCACGCCUUACGGAUCACGCCUCCGCAUCCGCAACCUGGACACUACUGACACGGGCUACUUCCAGUGCGUGGCCACCAACACCCAGGGUACUGUGUCCACGACGGGCGUGCUCUUUGUCAAAUUCGAUCCACUCCCUACAACUCUGGCAGGAAGGCCAACGGAGGAUUUUGAUGAAGAGGGAUUCUGCCAGCCGUACAGAGGUAUAGCCUGCGCCCGCUUCAUCGGUAACCGCAGCAUCUUCGUUGACUCGUUGCAGAUGCAGGGAGAGAUCGAGACCCAGAUCACAGCGGCCUUCACCAUGAUCGGGACAUCCAACCAUUUGUCCGAUCGUUGCUCCCAGUUUGCCAUCCCUUCUCUCUGCCACUUUGCCUUCCCGACAUGCGACCGCAGCUCUGGAACCGACAAACCUCGGGACCUGUGUAAGGACGAGUGUGAGAUCCUGGAGAACGACUUGUGUAAGACAGAGUACAUCAUCGCCCGCUCAAACCCAAUCAUCCUGAAGAGACUGAAGCUGCCAAACUGCGAGGACCUGGCUGCCUUUGACAGCCCCGAGGCUGCCAACUGUCUGAGGAUCGGCAUCCCUAUGGCCGAGCCCAUAAACAAGAAUCACAAGUGUUACAACAACAGCGGGGCAGACUACAGAGGGACGGUCAGUAUGACCAAGUCGGGCCGUCAGUGUCAGCCGUGGAACUCCCAGUACCCUCACAGCCACACCUACCUGGCCGUCCGCUACCCGGAGCUAAACGGAGGACACUCGUACUGCCGCAACCCUGGGAACAAACUCGAGGCCCCCUGGUGCUUCACUCUGGACGAGGGGGUCCGCAUGGAGCUCUGUGAAAUACCCGUCUGUGACCAUAAAGACAAUUCUGGUGGCAGCAACAUGGAGAUCUUGUACAUCCUGGUUCCCAGUGUGGCAAUACCGUUAGCCAUCGCCUUGCUCUUCUUCUUUAUUUGCGUGUGCCGCAACAACCAGAAGUCCCCCAGGCCUCCUGCUCCUCGUCAGCCCAAACCGGUCCGAGGACAAAACGUUGAGAUGUCCAUGCUCACAACUGCAUACAAGCCAAAGAGUAAGGCCAAAGAGCUUCCUUUGUCGGCUGUGCGUUUCAUGGAGGAGCUUGGAGAGUGCACUUUGGGGAAGAUCUACAAGGGUCACCUGUAUCUGCCGGGCAUGGACCAGGCACAGCUCGUGGCCAUUAAGACCCUGAAGGAUGUCUCCAAUGCCCAGCAGUGGGCCGACUUCCAGCAGGAGGCCGCAGUGCUGACGGAGCUGCAGCACCCAAACGUGGUGUGCCUGCUGGGUGUGGUGAUUCAGGAGCAGCCUGUCUGUAUGCUGUUUGAGUUUUUGCCCCAAGGCGACCUCCAUGAGUUCCUCAUCAUGCGUUCACCGCACUCUGACGUUGGCUGCAGCAGUGAUGAAGAUGGCACGGUGAAAUCCAGCCUGGAUCAUGGAGACUUCCUGCAUAUGUCCAUACAGGUGGCAGCUGGGAUGGAUUACUUGGCCAGCCACUUUUACACCCAUAAAGACCUCGCAGCUCGGAACAUUCUAGUAGGUGAACAGCUCCACGUCAAGAUCUCCGACCUGGGUCUCUCCAGAGUGAUCUACUCCUCAGACUACUACUGCAUUCAGCCCAAAACUCUGCUUCCCAUCCGCUGGAUGCCCCCCGAGGCCAUCGCUUACGGAAAGUUCACCACAGACUCGGACAUCUGGUCGUUUGGAGUUGUGCUGUGGGAGAUCUUCAGCUACGGUCUGCAGCCCUAUUAUGGCUUCUCCAACCAGGAAGUGAUGGAGAUGGUGAGAAAGAGGCAGCUGCUGCCCUGCCCCGAGGACUGUCCGCCAAGGUUUUAUGGUUUGAUGACUGAAUGCUGGCAGGAGGGACCAACGCGUCGAACGCGCUUCAAGGACAUCCACUCCCGCCUGCGAGCCUGGGAGGGGCUGUCGUCCCACGCCAGCUCCAGCACGCCCUCUGGUGGCGGAGGCAACGCUACCACCCAGACCACCUCACUCAGCGCCAGCCCCGUCAGCAACCUCAGCAACCCCCGCUACGCUGCUGCCGCGGCUGCUGGGUACCUCUACCCAGCCCAGGCGAUUCCCUCACCGGGCCAGAUGGGCCAGAUGGGCCAGAUGGGCCAGAUGGGCCAGAUGGGCCAGAUUCAAGCCUGGACACCCAUGGCUGUAACGCAAACCCACCAGCGCUUUAUCCCCGUCAAUGGAUACCCCAUCCCGCCAGGAUACGCAGCUUUCCCCGCCCACUUCCCUCCCCCGGCCCCACCGACCAGGGUCAUCCAGCACCACCUGCCCCCUCCCAAAAGCCGCUCACCCAGCAGCGCCAGCGGCUCCACCAGCACGGGUCACGUCAGCGGAGUGCCCUCCACCACGGGCUCUAAUCAUGACGCCAACACGCCGCUGCUCUCCCACUGCAUCAUGCCGGGGAGCGGUGGAGGGCCGAUUCAGGUGUACGGACAAGUUUGCCAGAAGGGAGUGGGACAACUGGACCACGCAUCACAAACAGCGCUGCUCGCUGCUGAUUCUGACGUACUGAUGUACAACGACUCGGUCAUCACCGCAGACCUGUAGAUAGAUAGAGACAUAGUCACACGCUUUCUGCUCGGGACCCACAUUUGUGAAGUUUAGCCUCUCACACAGGGACCCAGUCUUCUACUCUGGUCACAUGGAGACCCAACAGAAACUGCCCUGUAUGCACAUUUGAGUGUGCAAGAAACAUUGCCGCAGCUACACAAGUAUAUACACAGCUGUCUGACUUUUUAAUGCCUUUUUGUUUAAAGCAUGUGUACUUACCACCAUGGUUUGAAAAUGUCGUGCUAUUAUUUUAACCUCUGUGUAAAUACGGUACAUAAGUCCUGAAUGAAUGAGUGAAAAACAAAGAUAUAUAUUCGAAAGAACUUUUUAUUAAGGUGAAAAAAUAGCCAGUCCACCCUGCGUCCUAAGACUUUUUUUUUUUU